CUUCCCACUGCCGUUAGCCACGGGGCUGCGCCGAGGGGAUGGGGAUGCCGCCGCCCGGGCGGGCUGGGGCUUGAGGCGCCCUGAACAUCGGGCAAAAAGCAGGGUUGGCACACCUGCCUGGGCUAGGGGCUCAGCAUGGCUCAGGGAACCCUGAGCAUGCAGCUCUAGCCCUGGAGGGGUGGGCGGGUGCCUUUUCCUGGAAGAGCUGCCACCAGGCAGGGGUCCCCAGUGGCCCCUUGGCCAGCAAGCCCUGCUCCUGAGCAGCGGGCUGGCCACGGAGCCAGCAGAAACGGGGGCAUCUCUCUGUCCGUGCCCAGGCUAUGCACCACAGGAGGUGGUCCCAGCUGCCCUGGAAGUCAAGCAACAGCAUGGAGAAGAGAUCGGGGGCACGGGCAGGGAGCAGCGGUCCUGAGCUGCCGCUCACGUGGAGCUCCUAGGCAGCCACAGCCUCCGGCUCUGACCCCCGUAGCCAGGAAAUGCUGGGGAUUUUCUGACCUCUGCCAGAUUUGGAACAAGCUCCAAGGACAUGGGAUUCCAGGUUUAUCUUCUGCUUCUCUUCCCACAUCUGGCAGGGGCCAUCCUGGACAUCACCCUGAUCGCCAACGUGCAGAGCCUGUCCCACUCCGACUUCUUCCUCUCCUGUGUCGUGGGGGAUCACGACGUGAGAUACCUGCAGAUCGAGCGGGAGAACAAGAUCGUGAUGACACAUCCCAGAAUGGGCUUCCAAAACUACCGCAACCGCAGCAACCAAGUCCAGGCCAGGGGCUUCUCCAAGGCUGACCUGGUGGGGAUCCUCUACUGCCUGGGGCGCACCCCGAGCGAGCAGGCCCAGGUGGUCUAUGUGCACAACAGCCACAAUGCCCACCUCUUCCCGGUGAAGGCCACACAGUCUGUGAAUGUUGCUGAAGCGGCCACCUUCUCUGCCAGGAUCCUCAAGAGGAAGGAGACAGAUGUUAUGUGGAAAAGAAAUGGCACCUACUACCAGACCACAGAUCGGGGUGAGGUGCAGGAUGACCACGUUGUCCUGACACUCCCCAAUGUCAGUGUCAGCGAAAACGGCGUCUACAGUGCCACGUUCAUGGGGGACAGCCCUCUGUGGAGCGCCUUCUACCGCCUCAUUGUGAGAGCCUGCCCUGCUAAGAAAUGGGGACCAUCCUGUGAGAAGGACUGUCCCGACUGUCUGAACGGCGGCAUCUGCCACGACCACGUUGGCGAAUGCAUCUGCCCUCCAGGGUUCAUGGGCACCCGCUGUGAGAGAGCCUGCCGGGAAGGCCAGUUUGGCCGCAACUGCCAGGAGACGUGCCAGAGAGCCCAGGGCUGCCGGGGGCUGAGCUUCUGCCUGCUCGACCCCUAUGGCUGCUCCUGCGCCUCGGGCUGGAGUGGCUCCCGCUGCGACCAAGCCUGUCCCUCAGGAUUCUACGGCCCUGACUGUGCCCUGGAGUGCACCUGCCAGAACGGAGGCAGCUGUAACCGCUUCAGUGGCUGUGUCUGCCCUGCAGGCUGGCAUGGGCAGCACUGUGAGAAGUCAGACCGGUUCCCCCAGAUCAUCCAACUGGCCUCGGAGCUGGAGUUCAACCUGGGCUCGGAGCCCAUCAUCAGCUGCGUGGCCAUUGGCAACCCACUGCCCACCAGGGACAGCGUGGAGCUGCGCAAGGCUGACGGCACGGUGCUCAAGGUCAUCAAAACCAUCAUCGAGCCGAAGCAGAUCACCUGUGAGUUUGAGGUGCGGCACCUUUCGAAGGCGGACACGGGGCUCUGGGAGUGCCGGGUCUCCACGACCGGGGGCCAGGACAGCCGGAAAGUCAAGGUCAAUAUCCGAGUGCCACCGGUGCCCUUGAGCGCCCCCCGGCUGUUGGCCAAGCAGAGUCGCCAGCUCGUGGUGUCACCUGUGGACAGCUUCUCUGGUGACGGACCCAUCACCUCCAUCAAGCUCUUCUACAAGCCCAAGGAUGACAAUUCAGCAUGGUCAUCCAUUGUGGUGGACAACAGCGAGAACAUCACCCUCAUGAACCUCCGGCCAGUGACCGCCUACAUCGUCAAGGUGCAGCUGAGCCGGCCAGGGGCUGGUGGGGAGGGCAGCAAGGGUCCCGAAGCCAUCAUGGUAACUGACUGCCUUGAGCCCACAGUCAAGCCUGUGAUUGAAGGCUGGUCCAUAGAAGAAAAAAACAUGCUUCAUGUCAACUGGAAGUUGCCAAGCAACCAUGAGCCAGCACACGGGUUCAUUGUCCACCUCUUCGACUCUGCAAGGCGCUUGGUGUCUGAGAGAAACAUCACGUCCAUCUCUGUGCUCUCUGCCCGCAUCGGGGACUUGGAGUUUAACAAGGAGUACAGGCUGGAGGUGCUGGUGUACCACUGCACCAGCCUGGGGCCGCCCUCUGACCCCUAUAAGGUCAUGAUCAACAGCAAAGGGCCCUCCUCCCCACAGUUGCUCUUGGCAGAGCCCGUGUCUGACACCGCCGUCAGGCUCUCCUGGCAGGUGCCCGAGUACCCCAACGGGGGCAUCACCAAGUACAUUGUGGAGCUGCAGCAGGUGGGGGGCACCAGUGAACCCCAGUGGAUUGACACCGACAGCGGCGCCGAGACCACCAAGAUUGUGGGGGGCCUCAAUGCCAGCACCAGCUACCAGUUUCGUGUCCGUGCCAACUCCCAUGUUCCAGGGGAAUGGAGCCAGCCCGUGAAAGCCAAGACCCUUGGGGAUGGAGCGCUGAGCGUGCCGCCCAGCCUGGGCAGCCAGAGCACUGAGCAGGCGGGAACAGACCAGCAGCUGCUCUUGGCCAUUGUUGGCUCUGUGUCCGUCACUUGCUUCACCAUCCUCUUUGCUCUCCUGGCACUUUUCCUCAUCAAGAAGAAUUUUUUCCACCGGCGCCGCACCUUUACGUACCAGUCUGGCUCGGGGGAAGAGACCAUCCUACAGUUCAACUCAGGGACCCUGACCCUGACACGCCGGCCCAAGCCGCAGCCUGAGCCCCUCAGCUACCCCAUCCUGGAGUGGGAAGACAUCAAGUUUGAGGACAUGAUCGGGGAGGGCAACUUCGGGCAGGUAAUCAGGGCCAUGAUCAAAAAGGACGGCCUGAAAAUGAAUGCAGCCAUCAAGAUGCUGAAAGAGUUUGCUUCAGAGAAUGACCAUCGGGACUUUGCCGGGGAGCUGGAGGUGCUGUGCAAAUUGGGCCAUCACCCCAACAUCAUCAACUUGCUGGGUGCCUGUGAGAACAAGGGCUACCUGUACAUCGCCAUUGAGUAUGCUCCAUAUGGAAACCUCCUUGACUUCCUCCGCAAAAGCCGAGUCUUGGAGACAGACCCAGCCUUUGCCAAGGAGCAUGGCACUGCCUCCACCCUCACAUCCCAGCAGCUCCUCCAGUUUGCUUCAGAUGUGGCCAAGGGGAUGCAGUACCUGAGUGAGAAGCAGUUCAUUCACAGGGACCUGGCAGCAAGAAACAUUUUGGUGGGAGAAAACCUGGCCUCCAAAAUUGCUGACUUUGGCCUGUCCAGAGGGGAGGAGGUCUAUGUGAAGAAGACAAUGGGCCGUUUGCCAGUUCGCUGGAUGGCCAUCGAGUCCCUCAACUACAGCGUGUACACCACCAAGAGCGAUGUGUGGUCAUUCGGUGUCCUGCUCUGGGAGAUUGUCAGCUUGGGGGGGACACCGUACUGCGGGAUGACGUGCGCCGAGCUCUACGAGAAGCUGCCCCAGGGAUACCGCAUGGAGAAGCCACGCAACUGUGAUGACGAGGUGUACGAGCUGAUGCGGCAGUGCUGGCGCGACCGCCCCUACGAGCGCCCUCCCUUCGCCCAGAUCUCCAUGCAGCUCAUCCGCAUGCUGGAGGCCAGGAAGGCCUACGUGAACAUGGCUCUGUUCGAGAACUUCACCUACGCGGGGAUUGAUGCCACCGCCGAGGAGGCAUGAACCUGGCACCGCUCUGAGGGACAACACUGGCCCCAACCUGCUGGAACGGUGCUGUGGGGACAGUGGGCUGCCUGUCCCGCUCCAGGGCCAAGCAGCCAAAUGGCAGUGCCCCUUCCCAAGAGCCUUCCCUGCAGCAGGACCGUGCCAUCCCCUCCCUGGCAUGGUGCCAGCCACUAACAGCCCUACACUGCUGGGGACACGCUGUGAUGGCCCCAAGGACAAGCAGCAGCAGCAGCAGGGCGCUGGCAGCAGAGCAGGCAGGAGAAGGCCUUCCUCAGAAGCCGGGGUACUGCCUAAGCCCAUGGACACAAAUGCUCAAGCUUUGGGGCGAGAGGAGGAAGCAGCAGCACAGCAGCUGCCUGCCCUGCAGCUCUCAGCAUGCCCUGGGCCUCAAGUGGUGCCAGGGGUUGUGAGCAGCACUGCUGGCAUGGGAUGGGGCCACCCCAGCAGGUGCAAAGGGACAGUGUUGGCUGUGCACAGCCUCCAGCUCUGCAGUGACCCUUCAGAGAUGUCAGCUCUGCCUUAUGGACAAUAAAGAUCAUGCAACAGCCAGGUCCAGAGGAGUGUUGCUGGGGACCCAGCUCUGCCCAGCUGACAGCACUGGGGAACAGGAUGUGGGGGCUCAGUGAUCUGCUGCUGUGCUGGGCACUCCUCAGGCUCCUGUUCCCACUGGGGUCCUCUGAUAAUCCCCAGGAAUGUCCUAGCAUUUCCAGACUAGCCCCAGGUCUCAUCAUGCCAGGGAGAUGGAUUUCCUUAGGAUCCAACUGGGAUCUUUCCCCACACACACAGUUUAAGACUUGGUCUUGUCCCCAAAGGGAUAUGGAGAACAGACUAUGUCCUUCCUUUGCACAGCUGCCUCUUGCAUGCUUGAAAAUCGUUCCUGCAGCUUCCCCUCAGCUGGCUGCUCUUUAAAGGGAUGGCCCUGCUCCUCCAGCUGGGUCCUGUGGAGCUGUGCAACUCCACACUCUUCCCAUCCUGGCCAGCUGGCACCUCCCAGCACUGUGCCAAGCCAUCAGGUAACUUCCCACAUCUGGCAAAGUGACGGCUGUUCGACCAGCCUGCUUGAACCUGUGCUGCCAGGGUGAUCCUCACGUGUCCAUCCCUCGAGGAGCUCCUGUCCCAGGCUUUGGUCCCUCACCUGCACUGCUCUGUUUGUUACCCCAAGAGUGGUUGGGCUUCACCUCUGCUGGCUUCAGCUUGUCAGCCCUGAACAUGCCAUCCAACUGUCUGUCUAUCCAUCUUCUGCAGUCCCACGAGAAGCAAAACUGGCUCCUGCAGAACCUGGUAUCCCUGCUGGAGACAGGUGCAUUUGCACUGUCCUCUUGGGCAAGAGUCUUUUAUCCCCAGAAGGUCUCUGAACCCUGUCAGUACCAUUCUGAUUUUCCAUUCCAGCCCCCAGUGCUCUUUGGUGUCAACUGCAGCCGUUAGUGAGCCCCAUCCCUGAGGUCCCCAGUGAAUCAGUGAUGGGGACUGGCCCUCACAAACAGCCUGACAUGUGCCACUGCCUCCGUCCCCCUCUGCUCCCAGCUGGGAACAGUGGCUGGGGCAGUGUCACCAGUCCUGCUCGUACCUAGGUCUUUCUGCUUUUUUUGACAAAAUUUGUCUGCGGUAGUUGGAGCUGGCUGCUCUUGUCUCCCCUCAUGCCUCUGGUGCUGUCCUCAGCUGCUGGGCUUGAAGAAGCAAACCUGGCCUUGGUGCACAGGGAGCACAUGUGCAAGUGGCUCCUUGUGCCCUGGCUGGUGCCCCCCGGCUAUGCAGCCGUGCUGUGCCCUGGCAGGACGGGAGACCCUCCAGCCACCGGAAUUAGCGGACUGGCAUGAGGUUGGGCAUGACUGUGGGACUUCACCGUGGUGGCCCUGCUCCUGCAACACUGGCACCUCUGUGGGCUCUGCCUCCUGUGCCUGCAGCUCUGCUCCCAGCACAGCCAGGGAGAUGGCAGAGCAGACCUGGAGCGCACCAGUGCCGGCCGGCACGGGACACAAGGGAGGCAGAUCAGCUGUGCCAUAUCCCAUGCUCCCACGUGGCAGCAGCCCCAACAGCCUGCCCUGCCCCACACAGGGGCCUCCUUUCUCGGGGGUUGUUUUUCUUCCUACCCCAUCCUCCCAGCAUGCCAGUAGCCACAAGGGCAGGACAUGCCGCCUAUCUGAUAGGAGCAGUCUCUCUUGGCACUGCGGCCGGCGGCAGAGGGACUGUGGCAUUGUGGUUUCAGGCACAGGGAAGUGCUGGUGAUGGGGCGGGGGGAGCCCCCAGCCAGGCUUCCUGAGCAGCACAGCCACCACUUCCCAGAUAAAGGUAUCGCCCAGAGGAGCCGCAGCAGCUCCCAGGACACUGGGAAGGGCCCAGUGCGGCACGCGUGGCUCCGGCACACAGGUUGCAGGAUGGCAGCCUGCCUGUGCCAGGGCUGGCAGCUUUCACUGCUCCCUGCCAUCCUGCUCAGCCUCUGCAACCCACCGUCAGCACCUGAGCCAGUGACAUCCCAAGAUGCUGCACUGCUAGCAGGCGUGUCCGAGGACAUCCUCUGCUUCUCCCGCUCCUUCGAGGACCUUACCUGCUUCUGGGACGAGGAGGAGACGACAACUGGGAUGUGCCACUUCUACUACUGGUACAGCAGCUUGGCCCACGCAGGAGA